CAGACAGAAAACAUCUCGAUUCUCUACGAAAAGCAGCCAUUCCUGAAGAGCCUACCGAGUGCCACAGCGCUUCACCAGGUGGUACCUGCGGCACCGUCUCAACAGGCGCACAGAGAGAAUAACGCGAAGGACGUCAGUUGCACUACACUGAGGUGCUGCAGCAGCCAUGGGUACCAUAGUGCAUGUGGAAAUACAGCAAAUUCACUGGAUUUGCUCCUGACAGUCCACCAUCGCUAGCUGUUAGCGGUUUCACACAGACAUUUCUGUUUCAAACAUGCAAUUCUUACACCUCGUACUUAGCUGGGACAUACCGAUGCAAUGUCUUGCUGAUAACUCAGAGGCAAAUUGGUCGACAGGCUUCAACAAUCAAUUACAGCGUUCUCGCUUGUGCUUUCUCGGUGGAGGGCAGCGGCCGAAAUGUUGUGAGAGUAAUCAACUUCGCAGCUUAACUGUUUUGAAGUCAUAUUCCAUGUAGAAAGGUCUAAACUUGAUAAAAUUGCUUAACAUUAGAGGUAAAGAAAAAUGCAUAAUAUAUACUUCGAGAAGAUUGAAUAUACUUUUCGAGAAAGAGGCGCAUUCUGAGAGGUCAGUCACUUUCUGUAUGAGGUAGGAGCUAGAAGAAGGAACACCUUUCUGAAGUUAUGCAUAGUCAUUUUGGUUCACGAUCCUUUAAUGACUGAAGCCCACCAAGCUGUUUUCAAAACACCCAGCUUUUUGAUUAAAAGCAUUUCUGAAGCAGCAACAAAGGAACGCAAACCUUAAUGAGGCCACACCUUACCCCUGUGAGGUGGACAAGGAUAAAGCUCAUCACUUUAACUCCUGGGGGGAGGGACACUGCUCUUGAUUGACAGCACAAAGCCAGGACAUGCAAUAUUUUACAAAAGCAAUGGAUAAUGUUCUGUACAGCUAAACCUGGAGGGAAUGUUUAGACACACUACAAAAAUACCUAAUUUGAAGCUGAAAUGGGGCCCUGGGGCUAUCGUAUCUGCACUGAUAAAAAGAUUCAAUAUGUAAUAACGAAUCUCAGUAUUUAAGUCUCACUGAUCUUUUAAGCCAGCACCUCUAGCAGGAGAAUAUCACCUAACACUUUUCCUAGGGCAUUAACAAAUGCUGGAUCAAAAGGAAGAUGUUACUUAUAGUUUCCCCAAUACUGCUAGCACUCACUUUACAGCCUUGCUCCUUCUUUCAUCUAGACCAAUAUAACCAAAGCUUAGUUAGUUUAUAAAGCAUGUCAUAAGAAGCAGCAUAUCUUAAGUACUCAUGUAGCAGGAAGGGCACUGUUCAUCUGGAUUUGAACACAGCUGUGUUACCUGCAUGGACAGCAAAAGGAGUCAGUCAUCCGUAACUUACUUCCUUAACUUCCCUUUAGUAUAGAACAAUCUUAUGUUCUUGUACGACAAACGAGGAAGUGGAGCAGACAGAUUGUUUGCUCACCUAAAGCCUAAUGCAAAGUAAACUGAACUUUCAUCUAGACCACCAAAAACAUAUUUCCCUCUGUUGCAGCACAGUAGUCUGGCUCCUCAUGGGAGAUGAAGGUGCUCACAGAGCAGGGGCUCUGGGUGGACACCAAGGCCUAUGUCUCCAGAAGGACCCAGUCAUGUAUUUAUCCCGGGGGAAGAACUGCAGGGCUGCAGCCCCUCCAGGAGACUGAAAAUGCACAAGGGACAAUGUUGCCACACUCAGACUGUGCACUUACCACCAAAAAGGUGUGAAGGUUCACAUCACCUGCAGUCAACUCCUCUUGCAGCAAAUUAAAAGGUCACACCCUGCCUGCAGUCCCUUAAAUCAGUGUCACCCCACCCCCUGCCAGAACGGGGAAGCAGCCACGACCCUGGCCACCAGGUUUUCCCCUGCCAAUAUGCAUCCCACCCUCAUUUAGGAGACUUUAUUUGGUGUACUCAAACCUAUCAGAUGCACAGCUCACUGAAAACACCACCAAUGGGACUACCAGAAACAGAAUCGCCCCUUGUCACUGUGCCCUUGGCACAGACAAAGCUGGCUGAGUGCACGCACCAACAGCAAGGCUUUCCUGUGUGGAGCUUGACUGAGGUUUUACACCCCUCAUGGGGUGUCAUUCUUCUACUAGUAUCAUCUUUCUGCUGAUUUCAUACAGCCUGAAAUAUAAUCAAGUAUAUUCAUGCUCAUGGCAUAUGAAUUCAGUACAAUUUGUUUAAACCCAAAAUGAAACAUGCAAAGGCACUUCCACUGGCUACAACCACAAUCUUAUUGCAUAAUCAGCACAUAAUAUUUGCCUCAAACUGAUUUCCCAUUGAUGCCUACAGAUUUUAGACCUUUGCUUUUGGAAUAAAACUCAGCCUGAAUAAAACGUUGUACAAACAGCAACUAAUAUUCACAAUCUCCCUGCCAGAGCAGAUACAUAUUUUAAAGUCUUUUGUACAUAUGGCAACACUGAGCAGUUGAAUGACACCGCCCAAGAUAAUCAGCAAACAAAUAUGAGAGCUGGAUGUUCCUCCAGGCCAACUUCCCCGCAGUGGAUGAGGCAGUAUCCAGAGGAGACCCUACACUUCAGAGGAGAGCCCAGUCUUGCUGAAUUGCGUAGCAUUGCCCCAGAAUAAAAGCUUGUGAAUAAUAUUCCCACAGAACAUUCUGUGUAACUUUUGUCAAAUUGGAAAUAACUCACUAUUUAUGAAAUAAUAUUUUAAAAGGGGCCACUGUUACCUCAUAGUACAAAGUCAGUGACUAUUGCUCAUUUCCAAACUGCACAGGAGUGACAGUGCUUAAGAAGAACAAAAUGAGCAUCUGAACAAAGAACAUGCUGUUUUGUGUUAUAUUUGAACCAGCUUUACCUGCAGAAGGCCCUUCAAAAAUCAUGUCAGUGCCAAAUCGAAAAUUUGUGUGCCAACGUGUGCCACCUCAUGAAUUAGAAGUAGUUAAUUUUGUAUCACUAAAAUGACAGUUGUGGUCAGUAUGGAAGUCACAUGUGAGUUGUGUUACUACUAUUGUUUCUAUUCCUAAACCAACAUAGGAUUCUUUCUGCAUUGUUUGCCUAAGAGUAAACAAAAUGCACUUCCCGUUUAGCCAAAGAUUUUAAUGAGGGAUUUUCCAGCAUUUGGGGAAGUGUGUGGUUUUUUACUGGAACAGGAGACUUAAUUUUAAUCAAAGCAAUAGUCAUCACACAAAAUCCUGCCUUCACUUCGGAAAAGUUAGAUUAGGUUUCAACUUCUGCUGAUCAAGGAAAAGCUUGAACUUGCUCGAGCCUAAGCUGCCUCAUGAGGUCUCUAAAAUCCACUCAUCGUGCUCUGAUGUAGUUAUGCAGCUCUGGUCAUGAUACAGUCCCGUUCUAGACCACUCAUUUCUUCCUCCCUGAGUUUACACCCCAAGCCUCUCGCUCUGUGCAUUUCUGCUCUGGAGCACGGUCCGUGGGGAGGGCAGCGGUACUGCGGCUCCGCGGAGCUGCCAGAGCUGGCGGGCGGAAGGGACGAGGGGGAGCCCGGGGCUCGCCGGCUUCUGCUGCGCUCUGAGGCAACCUGGGGCAGCCGGGGCACCCUGCGACAGCUUGGGGCUCCUGCUGCGCCCUGGGGCAGCCUGGGGCACCUGGAGCAGCCCGGGGCGUCCUGGGGCAACCUGGGGGUCCUGCUGCGCUCUGGGGCAGCCCGGGACGCCUGGGGCAGCCGCCGAGCAUGCCCCGGUGGCUCUCGGCAGCCCCGAAGCUGCCGCCGCCGCGUCGCGCCCUCCGCUCCGACCGGGCAGGUGCGGCGGAGGAGCGGAUCUGGGCUUGUCUCGGCGGCCAGCUCACGGCUGGGGAAACUGCCUCGCCCCGCGGGAGCCGCGCCGGGGGCUCGGGGAAGAAAGGCGGGCCGGCCGGAGGACGCGGAGGGGAACGGCUGGAGUGCGUGCUGACCCCCUCUGCCAGGGGGUGCCGGCGGGAAGCGCCUGAGGGACGGCGGGGCCGCAGCCGAACGGGCUGGCGGCUCCCGGGCCAGCCUGCCCCGUACAGGCAGCGGUGGAGCGCAGCUCGGCAGUGGUUACUUCAGGCACACAAAGAAGGAGUUCUCGCUCCUCAGGAAACCCUGCAAGUUCGGAUCGCUACUGCAAGAACAUUUGUCUCAGUGGAUUAUCUUCACCGGCAGGACCCCAGCCAGAAUGAAACCAGUUCACGUAGCCCUGCUCUAUCUCGGCUCUGUGACCUUCUUCGGGGUGGAUGCUGCAAGGGUGGACGUAGCGACAGAGUUCAAAAGAAAAUGGACGAAAUGGGCACUAAGCCGAGCCAAACGGGACGUGAAGCCUUCGGGCGCGCUCCGAGGGCUGGCGGCAGCCGCCGACGUGCAGCCGCUCAUACGCACCCAGGACGUGAAGGAGGAUCUCCGAGUAUCGCAUCCCAGCAGCCGGGAGGAUGCUCACAUCCGCGUCAAGCGCUACCGCCAGAGCGUUAGCAGCUUCCCCCACUUCCAAGCCGUCCGCACGGGGUGCCGCUUCGGGACGUGCACGGUGCAGAUGUUGGCCCACCAGCUCUACCGCCUCGCCGGCACGGGCAAGGACGGCUCGGCCCCUGCCAGCAAGAUCAGCCCGCAGGGCUACGG